CCAAGGCUGCGGCAGCGUCAGGCACGCGCACACGUUGCAGCUUCUUGCUUUCGGCGGGUUAGGGGAGGUUCCGACGGCCAGGCAGGCGCACUGACAGGUAGAGCCGCAGACCGACGGAGAUGGCGACGCUCUGUCUGACCAUAAACGCCGGAGACCCUCCGCUGGGAGCUUUGCUGGCUGUUGAACAUGUGAAAGACAAUGUCAGCAUUUCUGUUGAAGAAGGGAAAGAGAAUAUUCUUCAUGUGUCUGAAAAUGUGGUGUUCACAGACAUAAAUUCCAUACUUCGCUACUUGGCUCGAGUUGCAACUACAGCUAGGCUCUAUGGCGCAAACCUGCUGGAACAUACUGAGAUUGAUCACUGGUUGGAGUUUAGUGCUACAAAAUUGUCUUCAUGUAAUUUGUUUACUUCUGCAAUCAACGAGCUCAAUCAUUGCCUGUCACUGAGAACAUACUUAGUUGGAAAUUCCUUGAGCUUAGCAGAUUUAUGCGUGUGGGCCACCCUAAAAGGAAAUCCGGUGUGGCAGGAGCAGUUGAAACAGAGCAAAGCCCCAGUGCACGUAAAACGCUGGUUUGGCUUCCUUGAAGCCCAGCAGGCCUUCCAGUCCGUAGGUACCAAGUGGACUGUUUCGACCUCCAAAGCUAAAGUGACAUCUGAGAAAAAGCAAGAUGUUGGGAAAUUUGUUGAGCUUCCAGGUGCUGAGAUGGGAAAGGUUACUGUCAGAUUUCCUCCCGAGGCUAGUGGUUACUUACACAUUGGGCAUGCAAAAGCUGCUCUUCUGAACCAGCACUACCAGGUUAACUUUAAAGGGAAACUGAUCAUGAGAUUUGAUGACACAAAUCCUGAAAAAGAAAAGGAAGAUUUUGAGAAGGUUAUCUUGGAGGAUGUUGCAAUGUUGCAUAUCAAACCAGAUCAAUUUACUUACACCUCAGAUCAUUUUGAAACUAUAAUGAAAUAUGCAGAGAAGCUAAUUCAGGAAGGGAAGGCUUAUGUGGAUGACACUCCUGCUGAGCAGAUGAAAGCAGAACGUGAGCAGAGGAUAGAAUCCAAGCACAGAGAAAACUCUGUUGAGAAGAAUCUACAGAUGUGGGAAGAAAUGAAAAAAGGGAGCCAGUUUGGUCAGUCCUGUUGUCUGAGAGCAAAGAUUGACAUGAGUAGUAACAAUGGCUGUAUGAGAGACCCAACGCUUUAUCGCUGUAAAAUUCAGCCGCAUCCAAGAACUGGAAAUAAGUACAAUGUGUAUCCAACAUACGACUUCGCCUGCCCCAUAGUGGACAGUAUUGAAGGUGUCACACACGCCCUGAGAACCACGGAAUACCACGACCGAGACGAACAGUUUUAUUGGAUUAUUGAAGCUUUAGGCAUAAGAAAGCCAUAUAUUUGGGAAUAUAGUCGACUAAAUCUCAACAACACAGUGCUCUCCAAGAGAAAACUCACAUGGUUUGUCAAUGAAGGCCUGGUAGACGGAUGGGAUGACCCCAGAUUUCCCACGGUCCGCGGUGUGCUCAGAAGAGGGAUGACUGUUGAGGGGCUGAAACAGUUUAUUGCUGCUCAGGGCUCUUCACGUUCAGUUGUGAACAUGGAAUGGGACAAAAUCUGGGCAUUUAAUAAAAAGGUGAUUGACCCGGUGGCUCCGCGGUAUGUCGCAUUACUGAAGAAGGAAGCGAUUCUGGUGAACGUCCCCGAGGCGCGGGAGGAGACGAAAGAAGUGGCCAAACACCCAAAGAAUCCUGAUGUUGGCUUGAAGCCGGUGUGGUAUAGUCCUAAAGUUUUCAUUGAAGGUGCUGAUGCAGAGACGUUAUCAGAGGGUGAGAUGGUUACCUUCAUAAAUUGGGGCAACAUCAACAUUACUAAAAUACACAAAAAUGCCGAUGGAAAAAUUGUAUCUCUUGAUGCGAAAUUGAAUUUGGAGAACAGAGACUAUAAGAAAACCACGAAGAUCACGUGGCUCGCGGAGACGGCUCACGCGCUUCCGAUCCCGGCAGUCUGUGUCACGUACGAGCACUUGAUCACGAAGCCAGUGCUAGGAAAAGAUGAGGACUUCAAGCAGUAUGUCAACAGGAACAGUAAGCACGAGGAACUAAUGCUGGGGGACCCCUGCCUUAAGGAUUUGAAGAAAGGAGACAUUAUACAGCUCCAGAGAAGAGGCUUCUUCAUAUGUGAUCAACCGUACGAACCUGUUAGCCCAUAUAGCUGCAAAGAAGCUCCAUGUGUUUUGAUAUACAUUCCAGAUGGGCAUACAAAGGAAAUGCCAACAUCUGGGUCAAAGGAAAAGACCAAGGUAGAAACCACAAAAAAUGAGCCAGCUGCUCCUCGUAAGGAGAGACCAGGUCCUCCUUUGGAUAAUACUCGUGCUACAUUUGAGGAUCCCUCGGUCCUUUACAAAAGAGUGGCCGCCCAAGGGGAUGUGGUUCGUGAAUUAAAAGCCAAGAAAGCAGCAAAGGAAGAUAUAGAUGCGGCUGUCAAACAGCUUUUGGCCUUGAAAGCUGAAUAUAAGGAGAAAACCGGCCAGGAGUACAAGCCUGGAAAUGCCGCCGCGGCCGCGCCGAAGGUUCCUUCCGUGCCCGCGGCAGGGCCUCUGGACAGAUCUCUGUAUGAUGAGGUUGCAGCCCAGGGAGAGGUGGUUCGUAAACUGAAGGCUGAAAAAGCCCCCAAGGCGAAAGUAAAUGAAGCGGUAGAAUGCUUACUCUCCCUGAAAGCUCAGUACAAGGAAAAAACCGGGAAGGACUACAUCCCUGGUCAGCCCCCAUCAUGUCCAAGUUCACAGUCCGGUCCUACCAACAGCUCUGAGCCUGUGGGUCCAGAAACCCCAGAAGCCAAAGUGCUCUUUGACAAAGUAGCUUCUCAAGGAGAGGUAGUUCGAAAACUUAAAGCUGAAAAAGCCUCUAAGGAUCAGGUGGAUGCGGCCGUCCAGGAACUCCUUCAGCUGAAGGCACAGUACAGAUCCCUAACAGGAGCCGAGUAUAAGCCUGUCUCUGCCACUGGGGCUGAGGACAAGGAUAAGAAAAAGAAAGAAAAAGAAAAUAAGUCUGAAAAGCAGAAUAAGCCUCAGAAACAAAGUGACGGCCCAAAGAAAGAGUCCUUUAAAAACCAAGGCAGUGGGCUGUCGUCCAGCGGAGCAGGAGAAGGGCAAGGGCCUAAGAAACAGACCAGAUUGGUGUUGCAGAUACUUGACUUAUAUGCUCAGGUAUAUGAAGAGCUCCUGGCGAUUCCUGUUGUAAAAGGCAGAAAGACUGAAAAGGAAAAAUUUGCCGGAGGAGACUAUACAACUACCGUAGAAGCUUUCAUAUCCGCUAGCGGGAGAGCCAUCCAGGGCGCAACAUCACAUCAUUUAGGGCAGAAUUUUUCCAAAAUGUUUGAAAUUAUUUUUGAAGAUCCAAAGACACCAGGAGAGAAGCAGUUUGCCUAUCAGAACUCCUGGGGCCUGACAACUCGAACUAUUGGUGUCAUGACCAUGGUUCAUGGGGACAACAUGGGCUUAGUAUUACCGCCCCGUGUAGCUUGUGUGCAGGUGGUGGUUAUUCCUUGUGGCAUUACAAAUGCACUUUCUGAAGAAGACAGAGAUGCUCUGAUUGCAAAAUGCAAGGAUUAUCGAAGGCGGUUACUCAGUGUUAAUAUUCGAGUUAGAGUUGAUCUGCGAGAUAACUAUUCUCCAGGUUGGAAAUUCAACCACUGGGAGCUCAAGGGAGUUCCGAUCAGACUUGAAGUUGGGCCUCGUGACAUGAAGAGCUGUCAGUUUGUAGCUGUCAGACGAGAUACUGGAGAAAAGCUGACACUUGCUGAUAAUGAGGCUGAGACUAAACUUCAAGCUAUUUUGGAAGACAUCCAUGUGAACCUUUUUACAAGGGCUUCUGAAGACCUUAAGACUCAUAUGGUCGUGGCUAAUACAAUGGAGGACUUUCAGAAGAUGCUAGAUUCUGGGAAGAUUGCUCAGAUUCCAUUCUGUGGAGAAAUUGACUGUGAAGACUGGAUCAAGAAGACCACUGCUAGGGAUCAAGAUCUCGAACCUGGGGCUCCGUCCAUGGGCGCUAAGAGCCUUUGCAUCCCCUUCCAGCCACUCUGUGAGCUGCAGCCGGGGGCCAGAUGCGUGUGUGGCAAGAACCCUGCCAAGUUCUAUACCUUGUUCGGUCGUAGUUACUAACGGAUAAGACACAGCUCCUCUCUCCAGCCCGCCUCACUUUUUAAAAAAUUGAUAUUAAUAUCCUCCUAGAUAUAGACAGUUUUAUGAUUUUUUAAAAUAAAAGUUCUAAUAGGAGGUCACAUGAGACACAGACACCUUAUUCUUAUGCCUAAAUUAACAGUGGGAAAAAGACUUUUCUGUAAACAACCCCAGUAAUAAAUAUCAUGAAUUAAUCAGU